CCCCUGAGCAAAGAGGCGGUCUAGGAUUACGGUAACAAGUCUUCCAACUGCAGUCAUAGGAAAGUGGCAGGGGAUUGCUUUCGUGUGAAUUAAUUUUUACUAGGGGAAAUAAAUGUGAAGUUUGAUGCCAUCUGAGCUAUCAGAAGAAUUUAUGACGUCUUAAGAUAGAAGGCAAGUUUUUAGGUAGUAACAUUCUUUGUUAUAUAUUUUUGAUAAUUCAUGGUCACGGACUUAAACAUUCUUCACUGUAAUUGUAUCUGUUCCUGUAAACUGAGCAAACACUGAGCAAUCAUCUGAAAAUCUUAUUUAGGCAGCAGAGUUCCAGACGAGCUUAAUUAUGCUCAUUUUAAUUUAUGUUAUUUAAUUUCAUUUUGGUAGGAAAAAUAUUUGUUAACUCACUUUUCUAGUUAGUAGUAGCUUCUAAAGGAAGCCUUCCUUAUUAUAAUUAUGGGGAAAAAAGUCUUUGCGGGAGCCAGACAACAUUUUCUGCUUUGCAUUUCCCAUCCACAUGCUCUUCACACCUCCCACGUUACACAGAAUGGACAAAGUGUGCAAGCUCCAGGUCAGAGCGGACUUCUCUCCAUUCAGGGGUCAACAACUUGUCUUGCUUCCUAGUUACUGUAAGCUUUAUCAUGGGAAUCAUCAUCAAUCUUUUUUUUGAGUUUCAUUUAUGUUAAAAAUAUAUAUUUUCACAAUACUUGAGAACCCCCCAAAGGGAAGUAUUUUUCCCUAUUUUAUAGAAAGGACUCGAGACCUGGACUGAGAAUAAUGCUAAAAGAAACCUCUGGUUUCAGUAUCAAGAAUGGCAAUUUGAAAAAUCCAGAACAGGAUUUUUCAGGGCAUUUACUAGUGUGUUAUGUGGCAUCAGUGGUCACAAGGGGGGCAUCCUACAGUAUGCCUGACUGACAGUUCAGGAAGAGCACUUGACAGCAGCUGAAGAGUGAGCAGACUUCAAACCAGGCCAUCUCCAAUUGCACAGAACAGCACUAAGUGCGCCUGAAGCACAGUUGCAGCGUUGAGCUGGGGACAGGACUAUUCCACAGUUCGGAAAUCAAACAUCAGCUGAGCCACUCAGAAAACAUAGGAUGCACACCAGAGACCAGCUCUCUGCUGUGCUUUGGACAGAGGUGAGAAAAAACAAGCCUUCCGUGGCUUCACCUCAGAAGCUUUGAUCUUUCCCGUGCCUACCUCCAGGCCCUGAGCAGUCCUCAGCCAAACAUAUUCCAUCAAUAUAUUUUUAAGCAAGAAAACUCAUGUUUGAUAUCUAAGCAUGUGGCUAAAGGUCUUUCUUAUCUUUUACAGGUUUGAGACUCAUCGUCUCAAAAGCCUCACUGAGGAUACCAAUGUCAUCCAGAUCUGGCAGUGCAAGAGAGUAUGAAACUAGUGACCAGUUGCUUGGUCGUUCAGCUUCCCCACCAGUCCCAGAGUCUAACGAGACUGAGGCUGAAGGCUUGAUAUUUUAUCACAUGGAUCUUUAUGGAUCAAAGGAGAGGUUUGAUAUCUUUCCUGAAGAGCCAUCUGGUCAAGGAGACAGAUCUCUUGGGGAUACCAGAAGGGAAUCUGCAUUGAGUAGCAAAAAAUUUCAGCGCUCACAAGAAGCUGGAUAUGAUUUGGAAAAGGAGGUUGCAGAGUUGGCUAAGAUGUAUGGACUUGAUGAGGAUAGAGAAAAAGAGCUUGAGCUUCUUGGAGGACAUCUGGAGAUGGUGGAGAGCAGAUGGCCACCUGCUCGCACAGAAAAAGCAGGAUCACAAAGCUCCAUAUGUAAUGCAUCAAAACACAGCUCGCCAGUGAAAGAUCGAAGUCAAAGCACAAAGCAACAGGGACUUCCUGGCAAGGCUGCUCAAGAUGAAGAUCAGAGCAAAGCCAGAGCAGAGGAUGAGGCUGAGAGCCAUGCAUGGUCCAGAGAGGAGCUUAGCAGUGGCGGCAUGUCGGAUGAGUGGAGCAGUCAAGCUGUCAGUGAGGAGGAGGAAGCCGCAGAUGUUUUUUGCUCUACCUGCAAGAUGCCAAUCCGAGCUUUUGACAAACUGUUUGGUGAGCACAAGGAUCACGAGGUGGCUCAGCUCCCCAGUGCUGUGGAAAGCGAAAAGGAGGAGAUUCAUAAAAAUAUGUGCAAGUUGGAAGAGCAGAUUGCUCAGAUGGAAAACUUUGCCAGUCACUUGGAGGAAAUCUUCAUCACGGUAGAGGAAAACUUUGGGAGGCAGGAGCAGAACUUCGAGGUGCAUUACAAUGAUGCAGUGCAAGUGCUUGCUCAGAAGUAUGAAGAACAGUUGGAAGCACUGGGGGAAGAGAAGAGGCACAAGCUGGAAACUUUAUAUGGGCAGCUGGUCAGUUGUGGGGAACAUCUUGACACCUGCAAGGAGCUGACAGACACCACCCAGGAGCUUUACCUGGAAAACGACAAAGCCAAUUUUAUGAAGGCAGCAGUAACCAUGGUUGACAGGCUAGAAGAAUUCUUAAAGAAAGAAGUAGAUUUAGAGCUUUCAACACUGCCAGACUUUGAAGAGCGGGUCAUAGAUUUCUCUGAAGUUGAACAACUAAUGAACUCCAUUAAUACUAUUCCAGCUCCUUGUGCCCCUGUGAUCAAUCCCCAGGCUCCCAAUGCAGCAACUGGCACCUCACUGAGAGUUUGCUGGGGCCUCUUCUCAGAUGACACUGUCGAGUGCUACCAACUGUGCUAUAAACCAGUGAGCAAUGAGCUGUGCAGCGAUGAACAAACAGAGCACACGCUGAAAGUCAAAGAAACAUACUGCACCAUUACUAAUUUGUUGCCGAAUACACAGUAUGAAUUUUGGGUCAGUGCUUUAAAUGCCUCUGGUAUCAGUCCACCAAGUGAAAGAGCAGUUUAUGUAACAGCUCCUUCCCCACCUACCAUAAAGAGUAAAAAGAUCCGAAGCUGUGAAAAUGCAGCACUGGUGUGCUGGGAAUCUAGAGACAUUAACCCUGUCGAUUCCUACAUGGUUGAAUUGUCCAAGCUGCCAGAUGAAGAAAAUGGCAAUAUUAUUACUGAAUCUAUUGUUGGGAUUCCUAACUGCGAAGUCCUAAUUCACCUCCAGCCAGCACAAAGCUAUCGCAUCUGUGUUAGAGCCAUAAACCUGGGUGGUUCCAGUGAAAGAAGUGAACCUGUCCUGAUACACACCACAGGCACCUACUUCUGCCUUAACGAGGACACAGCCCAUCCCUUACUGGCGAUUCUAGAUGACGGAUUUACAAUUGCAUGCGAUGAACUGGAAAACCCGGAGUGUGAUCUGCCUGUCUAUGAUAACAGCUUUACAAGGUGUAUUGGGAUCCUGGGCAGUCUGAUCCCAUUUCCAGGAAAGCAUUACUGGGAGGUGGAAGUUGAGGAAGAUACAGAGUACAGGAUCGGCGUGGCUUUUGAAAACACUCCAAGACAUGGUUAUCUGGGGGCAAACAACUCAUCCUGGUGCAUGAGGCAUAUCAUCACACCAUCGAGACACAAGUACGAGUUCCUGCACAGCGGGAUGACGCCAGACAUCAGAAUUACUGUCCCCCCCACAAGGAUUGGCAUCCUGCUGGACUAUGAGAACUGCAGACUGUCAUUUUUCAAUGCAGAUAUCGCCCAGCACCUUUACGCAUUCAACUCGCACUUCCAGCAUUACGUCCACCCCUGCUUUGCCUUGGAAACACCUGGUAUCCUACAGAUACAUACUGGAAUUGCAGUACCCCCGUGGACUGCCCUCCCAUAACCUGUGUCCUGCAGCUGCCACCUCUACAUGUAACCUGCAUGGAGCAAUGCCCUCUUUCAGCAUUACCUGCUCCAUCACACUGCCUAUAAACCAGCGCUCUCCCAACGAAAGAGCAAAGCGAGCCUGACCCAAACCAGCUGCCUGAGCCCUUACGACAGUUUCUGUCCUCUUAGGCAGGAUCUUGGCAGAAACCAUUAUGGUCACAAGACCCAUCAGCAUCCCAGAAUUCUCCAGGUAGGAACGGACACCAUGCUUCUCAGAAGCGACAGUAUCACCAAGCAGCAGGUGGCAGCUGGAUCACUGGUUCCCCCAGUACCUAUUUGAUGCCUGGGGAACUCCCCUGUUCCAGAGCAAUCAUUAAUUCCACUCUUGGGUCUACUGAAGAGCUAAAAAUUCAAAGAAAAAAAUAGCAAAAGGCACAAUCACUGUACAGCUGCUAGACAGAGCUGAAAACACUCCAACCAUGAAGCUGAUCUCACAAUCAAGUGUUCUUGUCGCUACAUGAAGCCUGUGACACAAGAUAAUCAAAUACGCCUCCCUAGCCUGUGAACUGUUAGCGCCUACCACACACUUUCUGAAAUACCCAAGCAUGCACCACAAUCUCAAACAUUAAAGGACAUUUUUACAGAAUGCCCAUGCUUCUCAUCCAUUCUUCCAGGGAAAAAACAAACCAAGGCCUUUUGCAGUGCUCGAUUGCCCCUACAAAGAAACCUAAAGCAUCAUUUUUAGCUUGUUCUUUUUGGCCCUGCUCACCUCCACCUGGGUACAUCCCCCCACUCACAGAUCUGC